AUGGGAGAAGCAGCAAAGCGGAAGGGUGGCCCUGGAGACGGCUCCCAAGGUCGUCAAUUGAAGAAGAGCAAGGGUGGAAACCAGGGCAAAUGGCAGACUCCCCAUCAGAAGGCUAAGAUCGAAGCUCACAAAGGCAAGGCUGGGACACUUGAAGUCGGUGAUGUGGGAUUUUGGGUCUCGUGCCAGCGUACCAAAGAGCAGAAAGCGUUGAUUGAGCUUGCCGCAAUUUGCGAUGAGUAUGGAGAGAAAAUUUACGGCAUUGAGCGUCAGGCGGUAGCCGAAGACAGUGACGAUGAUGAUGCCGACAUUGAAGCGUCCAUUCAGAAGGAGAUUGAGUCGAUGAAUACAGUGAACAAAUCCCGACGUGCAGACUCGGCAUUUGCUCCCAUGCGCGUUAACAUAGACUGCUUGCUUUUUGUCAAAACGAAACCCCCGGUUGAGCCACGGGAGUUGGUUCGCAGGAUCUGCGAGGAGGCACAGGUCAUCACUGACAGGGGUCAGAGAAAGUCCAGGUUCAUCAAUAGGUUCAUACCCAUAACGCUCAUGGGUAAGGCGACCGAGAACGGUGUGGAGGAACUUGCGAAAACCGUCUUGGCGGAGCAUUUCCAGCUCGUAGGUGUAGAUGACAAACCCCAGGAUGAACAGAACCAAGGACCCUCGUACGCAAUCCGAUACUCGUCCAGGGCACAUAGCACGCUCAAACGGGAUGAGGUCAUUAAACAAAUUGCAGCGUUGAUUGGCCCACGUCACAAAGUCAAUCUCACAGCACCAGACAAGGUUGUUAUCAUUGAGAUCUACCAGACUUUUUGCGGCAUGAGCGUGGUUGAUGGGGAUUUCGAUGCCUUAAAACGAUACAACCUUAAUGAGCUAUACGUAGCAGCAAUGCAGGCCAACGAGAAGGCAAAUGAGCUGAAAGAGGGUGACUCUAGGGUUAAGAAGGACGGGCCUGAGGUUCAAAAGGACGAAAGCGAGGCAAAAGAACCCAGUGACUGA